CUAAUUAUAAAUAGGAAAUUACGUUGCAGACAUGACUUUCAUGGACUUCUCGUGGAAAUGAAUCCUUAAUUGUUGAAUUCUGACCAUGUCAGAAUUGGUGGGUGUAGUUGAAUGCAGCAGGUGACUCAGGGUCUUGUAAAGUUCAGUGAUUAGGUAAGUGUCUAGGAUUGGUCAAUCGAGAUGUCGGUGAUACGCGAGAAAAGCUUGAAAAGGAUCAAUGGCAUCGAAAAUGAAACCACCGAACACCCUGACCAUGAUUAUAAUCUAAAGACAUCCUACCAGCUGCCUUAUAACUCAUACCACCCCACCGACAUGUCCUACCAACUGCCUGACAUCGUGAAAUCUGCUAAUCAUUUUGGAGUCAACAAGUCUGGCCUUACGAAGUCUAGCCCUGAUCUCAGCUAUGACGGCUUCACGUCAAGCAUGUCACAGUUUUCAGUUAAGAACUUGAGACCUAAAGCUCAAGUCCAGGAACCUAAACAGAACUCUGGUUACACCGACUCGUCUAUUUCGCCUCGCCAAGAAAUUUACAACUGCAGCAGAACGAACGGCUCGUCGUUGCGUGCUGAUACUUUGUAUAUCAGCGAACAGGACGAACCCUCAAUGGUUGAGGGUAAGUUUGAGGAGCAGGAUGAAAAAGGGUAUACUAUGGUUAACGGCCGGGCAUCCUUCUCUCCUUCUGCACAACAAGGUUUUCCCAUAGGGAAGGAAUCCCCAUCUGGAGACGAGGACUACCCAACUUCUACUGGAAUGCAAAGAUGGUCAACAAACCUCUCUCCAUCUGGGACACAGGACUACCCAAAACCAACUGAGAUACAAAGAUGGCGGGAAGACCCUGAUUCGCUGCCCCGUUCCUGCUCCAGUUCGGACUUUGGCGAAUACGCGAGUAACUCCAACCUGGACACCGACACCUUCUCGCGGACAGCCCGAUGCUACCACUGGAACCUGUCCUCGUCCAUCUCGGACUUGAGUUCCAUCACCAAGAUGCUGGACGACGGAGGACAUGUCCAGGUGAGGACCAGUUCCUCCGUGUGCGACCUACCCAGCUGGAGGGGUGACCCCGCUGAUGGUCCCCAGAGGGCCUCUACGACGGGAGAAAGGGGCCCCACGGGCAUGUCGUGUGGAGCGCGUACCUCAUACAUGGCCUGGGCCGCUGCACUCGACCAAGAGGACUUGAUGGACAGCCUUCCUUCUAUGGCCACCAGGAACCGGAUGAUGUCCCCACCAGAAGAUUCCUCCUGUCCAGCGUCCCCGAGCAGUGAAUGGGAAGAGGAGGAAGGUGAAGGGGAGGUGGGUGAAGGGUUGUACUACAGAGACUUCAUUGACGAGCCUCUGUCUGAUGAAGGUGGCAAUUUGAACGAGUCUGCUCCUGCACCCCCUUCAACACUUGCCACCAUUCACGAAGGGGAAGAGAGUGAAGAGUAUGGAUAUGAAUACGAAGAAUUAGAAGAUAAUAAUAAAGUUCUUAGAAAAAGAUCAGUAAAUACCGUUUUUAAAGAAGAUAUAACAAACGACCGGGAGAAUAAUUUGAACUUAAAUAGGAAAGAAGAGCUACUCGAAGAAGAGGUAGAUGGUUUCAACCUCCACGGGUUAAGAGACUCCGAUGAACUUCUUCCUAGCAGGACCACGAUGUCUGAUUUACUCCCCAUGGAUUGGUUCUUUUCCCCACGCGACACGUCCUCACAAGGGCCUCUUCCUCCUGCCGAAGGACUGACCAAUGGACAUGAGGAACUGUCUGACGAGGAACAGGUAUUCCUCCGCGAUGAAAGCUUGAUUUUGGCGGAGGAAAUUUCGUUGGCCCAGGGACUACCGGCCACUGCCGACAUCGGGAUGUCCGAUGACACGUCGGGAUGCAAGUCCGGAUUGGAACAAAGCGUUCCCGGUGGGACUUCGAAAGGGGAUUUGGUCCCAACAGACCCUGUAAUGCCUUUUGGCCCGUCAGGAUGCAAUUCAAGAUUGGCCCCGAGUUUUCAGGACGGGACUUCAUUAGGGACUUCGGUCCCAACAGACCCAGGGACUCCUUUUGUAACGUCGGGAUGCAAGUCCACAUUAGGCUCAGAUUUGUCAAGUGGGACUUCAGACGGUAUUACGGCCCCAACAGACGCCGAAAAAGCCUUUGGGACUUCAGCAUUCAAUAAGUCCACUUGCGUGCAAGAGCUGCCAAACUCUCAGUCCACGGUGCGGAUAGAUUUCAAGACUGACCAGAUUUCCAGUUCACAAUCCCCGUUCAGUGGAGACUUUAGUGGACCUGAAAGUGGACACCAAGAUUCAAGUGGACUGAAGACUGGGCACAAAGAGAGACGAAAGCCUCUGCCACCUGUGCGCAAGUCCUCGCUGCUGUCCACUCCUCGGGACGGGAAGGAAGGAAGUGAAACUCCUGCACAGCUGUCCCAGCCUCCUGCACAGCUGUCCCAGCCUCCUGCCCAGCUGUCCCAGCCUCCUGCUCCCCCUCCCCUCUUGAACGACAGACGAACUUGUCAGGAAGUCCGUAUCCAGCAGCUGAAGGCGGAGCUCAGUUCAAGAAAACAGACAAUUCCUGCCAGCAGUGAUCAGCUCCCUGCCAGCAGCAGAGUGUCAGCACACGCAGGAAAAAUGCCACAGGAGACUGUUGUCGCUGCCAGCAGAGUGCCAGCGCUGGCACGUGACGAGUUCAUUGCUGGCACUGCUGACGUCACCGUGAGCUGGACGGCCGGUGAUUGGCCAGCCACAGACGGGGCCCCACGCCAGUGUGGCUCCGGCCGUGGUGAAGGGAGGAGUGUGUGUGCUGGUCCUCCGUCGCUCGUGACUCACGACAGUCGCGCCUCUGACAUUCCGAUGAUGCGCGACGAAAACCUCAUGAACGAAGCUCGUGUCAGCCAUGCUGAUAGCGUCGGCAAGUCCAUGAGUCUGGACAGAGGCCUGAUGGCUGACGAUGGUCCUCGUGCUGACGAAGAUGUGGGGCUGCUGCAGGGGCUGUGGCGACGAAGCGGACGACGUGUGAACAAACCGAAAAUUCCGCCCAAACCCGCGACGUUGACUGCAGCGUCAGCUGUGACGUCAUCAACAUCAGCAAGUAGCGCAGCUGACAGGGCCUCGCUGUGGCGCAAGUGGCGUCAGGAGGCCAGUGCCCUACUGGGCCGCGGGGGACGAAAAGGGGCCCGAGAACCCUCGCCCCUCAGGCCAAGUGAGCGCCCCACACAGGCAGUGGAGGCCAAAGAUUCAGGCCACGCGGUUUCAUGGCCGGGUCAAAAAAGCCCCAAAAAGGGUUUUGAGGCCAACAAAAUCAAUUUUAAGGCCAAUGAAAUAAAUUUUGAGGACUGCGAAUCCAAUUUCGAGGCCCGAGGAGUCAGUUUUGAGGCCGUAGAGGACAAAUAUGAGGCCAAUUGGGCCCAUGAAAAAGGCCCUUCGGGCCCCCUGAGCGAGCGCUACGCACCGUACUGCGUCGGACGCGACAAGCGCGAGGACGCGAGCCCAAAAAUCGUCACUCGUCCGCCGCUCCCGACGCUUCACCGCCGCCCGCGGCCGCUGCCCGCCACCGUGGGCGGCGGCGGCCAAAUUUGUGACGGCGGCGGCCAAGAUGGCGGCGGUGGUGGCUGGAAAAAUGGCGUUGGCGGGCUCCAAAACGGCGGGAAUUGCGAUAAAAAUUUCGUAUUUGGCGGAAAAAAUGGCGUCGGUGGCAAUAAAAACGGCGGAAGUGUCUGCAUAAACGGCGGAGAUGGCGGCCAAAGAAGCGAAAGCGGCGGCCAGAGCGGCGGUGUUCUACAGCCCCGCGGUAUCGAUUACCACGUCGCUAACCAUCACCGUAGUGAAGACUUCAUCACCACCACCGCCGCUACACUACACAGCUGCACCACCACCACCACCACCACCACCACCACCACCACCACCACAGUCUGCACCAGCCACCAGUGUGGUGUUGGCAAGUGUAGCUCCAGGGUGCAGUGUACAGCCUUCAGUGUAGAGUGUGAUGAUGGUGACAGUGUAGUGAUAAAUGGUGGUGAUAUUGAAGUAUUUAAUGGUGGUGAUAUUGAGGUAUAUAAUGGUGAUGAUAAAGUGAAGUAUAAUGGUGAUGUCAGUGCAGUGCCACCACAGCACAGCGGCUGUGCCAGUGCAGUGCCUCUCAUAGAGACGGAUCUGGACACUGGUGCCUCACGACGCCUCACAGGGCCUCACACAGCUCAUGUUUUGAGGCCAUUACUUAAUAAUAAAUAUUUCAGCACAUACGACCCUUCUAACCCCCACGACCCCCAAAAUUACCGUGACCCCCACGA